AUGCUGAUAGCAUUAAAGCAUUCCACCACACUAGCUGUAAUUACAACUUUAGAGUAUAUCCGGGAAAAUGAGAAGAAAGCAAAUAUCGCUGCUGAAGCAAAAGGAUUACUCAAAAAUGUCAAGGAGUUUGAAUUUAUUCUAGCAUUGGAGGUAUAUUUUUUAUAUUUUAUUGAACACUUGUUUAUGGCUUUUUAAUGAUAUGCUAAUGCAAUGAAGAACAGGAAAUCUGAAUUGAAUUCUAAAAUUCAGCUCAUUUUCAACCAAUGAGAAUAAGAUCACCUGUUAAACUCGUUCGUAUUUGACCAUAUUUAUAUUUCUGUUUUUUAAUGUUAACUUAAGGUCCUGGAAAAAGUCGUGCAUCUCAGUAAAGGCGUUUCUGAUAAAUUGACAGAUCUCCUAGCAGCAAUCAAAGUUCUUCGGUGCGAGGCGAAAUUUGAGUCGUUUUGGAAAAGUACCUUGGAAAGAUGCUGUGAACUAGGGAUUGCAGAACCAAAAGAAGAUUGUCCGCAUAAACUUCCUCGACUAAUUGAUGACAAUCCACAGACUGCUGUAUAUAUGUCAGCAAAAGACAAAUUAAGAGUCUCAUUUUAUUAUAACGUAAGUUACCUGGUCUUGUCAGUGCGUAUUCCCCUUUUAUCUAUUGUAUUCAGCGCUUUUGAUCAUUAUAUGUAAAAAGCGCUUUAUAAAUUAUUAAAUUAUUAUUAUUAUCUCCUUCCAUGCAACAAAUUUCAUCGCGCAUUUAAUUUGGUAAAAUAUUUCUUUCAUUCUCAAUAGGUUCUUGAUCUUAUGACUGCUUCAAUUGAGAGCCGUUUCGACGCAAAUAAUGCACAAGUCUUGCAAGGUCUAGGGUUUUUGCAUCCUUGUCGAUUGGAAGAUCCAGGAGCAUGGAGAAAAAUCUCUGUGGCAGUUAAGUGGUUCCAGAAAGACCUGGAUAUAGAUGCUCUUCAAACCGAAAUAUUUUCCCUGCAAGUCUCAUCACUGCUCACUGGCGUGCUGAAAAAAGCCGAGUCUGAGAAACGAAGAGCCACCUUUGUUGACCUAUUCACAGUAUUGAAUGAGGAACCAGAGUGUUAUGGUACUACCAUAAAAUUGAUGGAAAUUGCUCUAACGCUGCCCCUCACAUCUUGUAGUGCAGAAAGGGCAUUUUCAAAGCUCAAGCUUAUCAAAUCUCGGUUGAGAUCAACGAUGAACCAAGAAAGGCUACAAAGUCUAAUGCUUAUGUCAGUAGAAUCUGACAUAAUGGAAGAGCUAGACGUAGAAAAGCUGGUUCAGGAUUUUGUGGACAUAUCUCAGAGAAGAAUGAAUUUAGUAUGA